AUGAAAAUCGUGAAGCAAACCACAGCUAAGUUCAUGUCUCGAGCGCCCACUCUCGCAGCUCCUUCACUCAGAAUGCAUUUCCACGAUUGUUUUGUUAGGGGUUGUGAUGGUUCCAUCCUACUAAACUCUACCAAAGACAACUUGGCAGAAAAAAAUGCACCUCCUAACCUAAGCCUCCGAGGAUAUCAGGUUAUUGAUGCCGUCAAAACCGCAGUGGAAUCUAAAUGCCCCGGUGUGGUUUCUUGUGCUGAUAUACUAGCUUUAGUUGCUCGGGAUGCAGUAUCAAUGGUAGUAUAUGAACAACACAUUAAUUUACCACCUCCCUUUUUUGACAUCUCUCAACUCAAAUCAUCAUUUGCCUCCAAGGGUUUGAAUGUAAAAGACUUGGUUGUUUUGUCAGGAGGGCACACCAUCGGAACUUCUCACUGUUCCAGCUUUAGCGGCAGGCUAUAUAAUUUCACAGGCAAAGGUGACAUGGACCCCUCACUAGAUUCAGAAUAUGCAGUUAAUUUAAAGAAGAAAUGCAAGCCGUCGGAUGUCAAUACACUGGUGGAGAUGGAUCCAGGAAGCUUUAAAACAUUUGAUGAAGAAUACUACACACUUGUAGCUAAGAGGAGAGGACUAUUUAAUUCUGAUGCUGCACUUCUGGAUGACAAAGAAACCCGAGAUUAUGUUAAACUCCAGGCCACAACACAAGGAUACACUUUCUUUAAAGAUUUUGGUGUUUCUAUGGUGAAGAUGGGUAACAUUGGAGUUCUAGGGGAGGCUGGUGAAAUCAGGAAAAGCUGUUCUUUUGUUAAUUAUUAG